AUGGAUUUUGGACAUGUACCUGUAGAGACGUUGGAAAGCAUAUCCUUUCACCUAAAGGAUGAGCCUGAAGGCAAUCUUGACGUCCUGAAAAAUGGAAAGGGUGGCACAAAGGUGCAUAUCGGGCUUGGUACAAGGGGCAAAGGAGAGUGGGUGGGGACGCUGUAUCCCAGGGGGGCAAAGGAACCGGAUUACCUGCAUUACUAUGGGCAUUCUUUCAAUGCCAUAGAGGUUGGCAGCACAUUUUAUGGACUACCGAAGGAAUUGGACAUAAAGCGCUGGAAAAACCAGGUGCCGCCUGAUUUUCUGUUUUGUCCCAAGUAUCCGCAAAUAGUCACCCAUGUUAAAAAGCUUUUAGGGGCCGAUGAUGAGGCAGGGGAAUUUCUCGAUAGGAUCGGUAGUCUGGGGGAGAAGCUGGGUCCUAUUUUUCUGCUGCCCAGUCCGGCGAUGACACUUAAUGACCUGCCGGCCAUUCAUCGGUUUAUAGAUAGGAUACCGAAAGCGUACAAGGUGUUCCUGGAACUCAGACACCCCAGUUUUUUUGUUGAAGGACUACCUACAAGGCUAUUAUCAUUUUUGCGGGAACAGCGCCGUGGGCUGGUGAUCACCGAUACCGCUGGCAGGCGUGAUGUUGCCCAUAUGCACUUGACCGUUCCGGAGGUUUAUGUACGGUUCGUUGGAAACCUUCUACACCCGACAGACUUCUUACGGAUCGACGAUUGGGUGCAACGAAUAAAAAAAUGGAAGAAUGAAGGGCUUGAACAGGUCUACUUUUUUAUCCACCAGGACAGAGGGCUAUAUGGGCCGAAACUGGUCGCAUAUAUGAUCGAGCAACUGGAAGGUCACUGUGGGAUCAAACUAAAGGCACCGGUACUGAAGCAGAACGAACUCUUUUGA